GCACCUUUCUGCAUGACGUCAUGCUGUCACAUGACCUCCGCCACUGGAGAGGAGAGAGGAGAGCGGCGGCGAGGGAAGGGCAGAGAUAUUUUUCCUCCGUACAAAACCAUCGGGCCCUGGCGCUGUUGUCACCCCUACACCGCUCCGUAAACAUAACCACGACAUGGACAAUCUAGAUUAAAGACAAACAUCCAAGACUACUACUUCUUCUUUCCCUCUAUUUUCCUUCUUGGACUCUUCUUCUAUAUCUGGUGGAGCUGCCAGUAACUGAGCACAGAUCGAGGCACAAUGUCCUCCGUCAAGGUUGCCGUGCGCGUACGGCCGUUUAACAACCGGGAGAUCGGCCGCCAAGCAAAAUGCGUCAUCUCCAUGAAAGACAAAACAACAGCCAUCCAACAUCCCAAACAGUCUAAGGAUGUGAAAGCAUUCAACUUUGACUACUCCUACUGGUCCCACACCAAUGAGCAAGAUCCCAACUUUGCCGGCCAGAGCAAGGUGUACCAGGACAUAGGGGAGGAGAUGCUGCAGCAUGCGUUUGAAGGCUACAAUGUGUGCAUCUUCGCCUAUGGGCAGACGGGAGCAGGAAAAUCCUACACCAUGAUGGGGAAACCCGAGCCCAGGGACCAGCAAGGCAUCAUUCCUCAGCUAUGUGAAGAACUGUUUGACAAAAUUAAGACUCAGGAAAGUAAGGACCUGCAAUUCUCGGUGGAAGUCAGCUACAUGGAAAUCUACUGCGAGCGUGUGCGCGACUUGCUCAACCCUAAGAACAAGGGAAAUUUACGUGUUAGAGAGCAUCCUCUGCUGGGACCAUAUGUGGAGGAUCUUUCCAAAUUAGCAGUGACAUCCUUUAACGAGAUCAACACACUCAUGGAUGAAGGCAACAAAGCACGAACUGUAGCAGCAACCAACAUGAACGAGACCAGCAGCCGCUCCCAUGCUGUGUUCACCGUGGUCUUCACCCAGAGAAGACAUGACGAGAUGACAGACCUUUCCACUGAAAAGGUUGCAAAGAUCAGUCUAGUAGACCUGGCUGGAAGCGAGCGAGCGAACGCCACUGGUGCUAAGGGUGACCGACUAAAGGAAGGAGCUAACAUCAACAAGUCCCUAACGACCUUGGGCAAGGUCAUUCAUGCACUAGCAGAGUCGUCGCAGUCUGGGGAUAUGAAGAAGAUAAUAAAGUCUCAGUCUGGCUCGAAGAAGAGGAAGAAGUCUGAUUUCAUUCCGUACCGUGAUUCUGUUCUGACCUGGCUUCUCAGGGAGAACCUUGGUGGGAAUUCCAAGACCGCUAUGAUUGCUGCUCUUAGUCCAGCUGAUAUUAACUAUGAAGAAACGCUGAGUACGCUAAGAUAUGCCGACCGUGCCAAGCAGAUUGUGUGCAAGGCAGUAGUGAAUGAAGACCCCAACGCCCGACUGAUCCGAGAGCUGAAGGAGGAAGUCAUGCGUCUCAAGGAACUUCUCAAGUCAGAAGGACUAGCAGAUCUCGUGGAGAAUGAGCUCAAUGCCAACGUUCCUAACAAGAAUCUGCAGCUCCAACCUCACAACCUAAAUGGCCCUGCCAGUCCCAGUGAUGGUGGCCAGAGGAUCAUGACCCCUAGAAAUGAGGAUGCCAUGGAGCAAUUAAGGGCAUCAGAGAAACUGAUUGCAGAGCUGAAUGAAACGUGGGAGGAAAAACUGAAGAAGACAGAGCUUGUGAAGCAAGAGAGAGAGGCUGCUUUAGCAGAGCUUGGUGUGGCAUUAGAUGGUACUGGCACUACAAUUGGGGUAUGCUCUCCCAAAAAUACCCCACACUUGGUAAACCUUAACGAGGACCCCCUGAUGUCGGAAUGCCUGCUGUAUUACAUCAAGCCAGGAAUUAUGAAGGUGGGCUCCACACAUGCAGACAUUAUCCUGAGUGGGCCACACAUCCGUGAUCAUCACUGCACCUUUGAGAGCAGAGAAAAGAAUGGAGAAAUUAUUGUCACAGUGACACCAGAGAAGAGUGCAACCAUAUUUGUGAAUGGGAAAACUGUGGAAGGACCACUGCUACUUAAAACAGGACACCGUGUGAUCCUGGGAAAGAACCAUGUUUUCCGGUUUAACCAUCCAGAGCAAGCUCGUCAAGAAAGGGAGAAGACUCCAUCGACAGAAACUCCAGGUACAGUUGAGGCACAAUUGGGAGAGCCUGUGGACUGGACCUUUGCCCAGAUGGAGUUGUUGGAGAAGCAAGGCAUCGACAUGAAACUGGAGAUGGAGAAACGAUUGCUUGCCAUGGAGGAACAGUACCGACGAGAGAAGGAAGAGGCUGACCAGCUAUUGGAGCAGCAACGACUGGAUUAUGAGAGUAAGCUGCAGGCCCUCCAGAGUCAAGUAGAACGUGCCAGUCUACUGUCUGGCUGCACCACCCCAGAGUACAGUACUGAUGAUGAACAAGGAGAAAGUGAACCAUCCUGGACAGAGAAGGAGUAUCAACUAGCACAGUGGGCAUUUAUCAAGUGGAGAUAUCACCAGUUCACAUCGCUCAGGGAUGAUCUGUGGGGGAAUGCAAUCUUCCUCAAAGAAGCAAAUGCCAUCAGUGUGGAGCUGAAGAAAAAGGUCCAGUUCCAGUUUGUUCUGCUGACCGACACCAUGUACUCCCCCCUGCCCCCUGACCUGAUGCCCCCGGACGUGGCGUCUGACCAGCCCUACCCCCGCACAAUCGUGGCUGUCGAGGUCCACGACCUCAAGAACGGUGCCACUCAUUACUGGACACUGGAUAAACUAAGACAGCGGCUUGAGUUGAUGAGAGAAAUGUACGACAGUACAGCGGAGAUGACCACUACUUCAGCUGCAGACUGUCCGGUAGAAAGUUUGACCGGUGGUGACCCUUUCUAUGACAGAUUCCCCUGGUUUCGCCUUGUCGGAAGCAGUGGAACCCCCUUGUCAGCCUGUCUUCCUGAUGACAGGACCCAUUCCCCCACCACACCACCCGGACUGUCCGUCCCCCCCGAACCCAUGUCCUCCCCAUCCCCCCUGACCACUGCCGACAACCAGGCCUUUUACGAUUCGGACAACUCCGACAGUCAGUCCUCCUACUCUGUGACCACAAGUACCCUGCAGCAAAGUCUACCUCCUAGCUAUGACGUGGAUAGCAGGAAAAGCCCUGUGCCUCGCCAUUCUCGUGACAGUUGCGAUGACAGUGAUACUGACUGUGCGAGCUUGCCGUCAGACGAUUGCGAAGACCCAAAGAUUCCGAGCAUGGACCCCUUCACUGACCCGGUCUCGUGGUUCUGUUUGGUGGGCAGAGCUUUUGUGUACCUGAGUAACCUGCUGUACCCAGUGGGGAUUGUGCACCGUGUGGCAGUGGUCAGUGAGAAGGGUGAUGUCAGGGGGUGGCUACGGGUGGCUGUACAACAUGUCACAGACGAUGAUGCUCCUGACUGCACUGGAGGAGUCUGUCAAACUGGGACCGCCAGGAUUGCCUUUAACCAAGAGGAACUGCAGAAAAAGAUUGAUGCUGAGAAUGAAGCGGAGGCAAACAUUCCCUCGGGAGAGGAGCUGCGUAUUGUGGAGGGGCAAGGUAAUGGGACAGAUGAUGAGGAGGCCAGCGAGGCCUCGGCAGCAGCAGCUGCUGCAGCUGCAGCAGGUGGAGACGGCCAGAAGACACCUGCCGAGGAGGAGGGUGAGGAGGAGGACAGCUGGGUACAGUUCAUGAAGGAGCACCCCCACCUGAAGCUGGGCACCACCUUCACCUUCCGGGUCACCCUUCUACAGGCCUCCGGCAUCCCACCGGAGUACGCUGAUGUCUUCUGUCAGUUCAAUUUCCUACAUCGCCAUGAUGAAGCCUUCUCCACAGAACCACUGAAGAACACUGGCAAGGGGCCACCCCUCGGUUUCUAUCAUGUGCAGAAUAUUUCAGUAGUUGUGACCAAGUCGUUUAUUGAGUACAUCCGGAGCCAGCCUCUGGUGUUUGAAGUGUUUGGUCACUACCAGCAGCACCCUCUUCACAUGCAGGCCAAGGAAGAGGUCAUCAUGCAGCGUAGAAUGCCCCGAACAUUCCCACAAUCUCUCCCACUGGCAAAACCAGUUCCGUCUCCAAGACAUGGGCGUGUACCAACAACACCCAACUUGAACAUGACUCACUGCAGUUAUGACCUGCUGGGCUGGUGGGAGAUCUGUGAGCUGGGACCUUCAGGAGAGUACAUAGCAGCUGUAGUGGACCACAGUGAUGAGAAGCCAUGUCAGGGGGUCUUCAUGUUACAUCAGGGUAUCCAGAGACGAAUCCGAGUGACCCUUGUCCACGAGCCAGGACAAGAUGUGGUGUGGAAAGGAGUGAAAGAAGUUGUCAUUGGUUGGCCUACUAUUCGUCCAAAAUCAACAAAAGACAUGAAAUCCUUACGCAAGAAGCUCCUCUAUGGCCGUAUCAGAAACAAGUUGGAAGUGAAAGGUCCUGACGGUGAGGUGUCUGCCCUGUCACUCAACAUCUGCUCACAGGGGUACCUCUACCCACCUCAUGACCUCAGCACUACCAUUGAGGAACAUGACAUUAGGGUGUUUUACCAGUUUGAAGCAGCCUGGGACAGUUCGUUGCACAAUUCAAAACUUCUCAACAGAGUAACUCCUUACAGAGAGAAGGUCUACAUGACAGUAUCAGCUUACAUUGAGCUGGAUAACUGUGCCCAGCCAGCCUGUAUUACAAAGGACCUAUGUCUCACCAUCCACAGUAGAGAUGCCAGACUCUCACAGCCAAGAUCCUUGCGGAGCCUGUUUGGAAGUGGCUACUACAGAUCUCCAGACAGCAACCGUGUGAGCAGUGUGUAUGAGCUGAGCCUGAAGCAUUCCAGUCCAGAGGGCAGUCCAGAUGGUGCUUCAGACGGGAAGGGACCGGGAAGUGUCCAGCGGCGGAGACGGAGAGUGCUGGACACGUCCACGACGUACGUACGCGGGGAAGAGAACCUGGCGGGCUGGAGACCCCGCGGAGACUCACUCAUCUUCGAGCACCAAUGGGAGCUGGAGAAGCUGACACGGCUAGAGCAGGUGGAGAGAGUUCGACACUUGCUGCUACUGCGAGAGAAGAUGGGCAUCGUUUCCGGUGAGGAAGGCAAGGAGAUCAGGUGGAUUCUGGGAGAGGGGGACGACGACACUGUGGACAGGCAGAUCACCCUGUUGGAUAAGUGUUUGAAGCUUUGGAGCAUGGAGCCCCUUCAACUAUAUGUAGAGGAUACGGAUGUUGACGAUGAUGAUGAUGAUGACCCAGCAGGAAUGAUCCGGUCCGUCUCCACCCCAGUGCUGAGCUCCACCCUGGUGGAGAACUCCCCCCAGCACAGUCCAGCCAAGUCCCCGGUCCCCCCACCCCCUUUAGGGGCAGCAGACAGUGAGGGGCCCCUCCCUGAGGGGGUGGCGGUGCCUGUGCUCCCGCCCCUGCCCCCGGACUCUACAGACGACAACCCUGACUACCAGGCUCUCUACAUUCCUGCUGUGGAAGAGAUCAGAGUAAGCCCUGUUGUGUCACGUAAAGGAUACCUGAAUUUUCUAGAGGAGAAAACCAGUGGCUGGAUCAAGCGUUGGGUGGUAGUGCGUCGCCCGUAUGUGUACAUGUACAACAAUGAGAAGGACCCUGUAGAGCGGGGGCUGAUUAACCUGGCCACUGCACAGGUGGAGUACAGUGAAGACCAGCAGGCCAUGCUCAAGGGCACCAUCAGGUCCAAGCUUGCCCGCCGUGCUGCCUACCUCAGAAUCUAGCCGUGCUGUGCACCCAGUCAGACCUGGUGGCAUGUGUACUUCCUAACCAUCCUCGCACACACAGACAAGUGUUGUCAUGUCCACGCGUUGGCACAACCCAUGAUGAGAAUUGUCACUCUUGAUCCAAAAGGCAAACAAAAAAUCAAAGACCAUACCAAAAACACACACACCCUUACGGCAAAGUCAGCAAACUGGAAAAUACCUCUUGUCCAGAGCUACAUUUAGAUUACUCCAUUACAAUGUACAAUGAUAUGGUUCAUCCCAACAUCACAGUAUCCUGUCACACAUUAGAGAAAAAAGGAACUGACCACUUAUCUUUGUUGUAACAUCAUUUUGAAUUCAGAAAGAUGUUACAAGGUAGAUACACAAGUAUUCCUCUUGAUCAGUGCUUUUAUGAACACACCUCCCUACCAAAACAUCAUAACACAUCAUACAUACAUGUAUACCCCACGGCAGUCAGAAGUGCACUUGGAUGUAAUGUCUGUUUAAAGGGACAUUUCUUUGCAAAGUUACAACCCCCAACAUUAACCAAAAAUGAAUACAACUGUAGCCCUUUUUCCAUGUUUUCAGUACAAGACAAAUACACACAUUUUGUGUAAACUAUCAUACGAUGGUGAAAACAGUUUUGGAUCAGUAGUGACUAUUCAUCUGUGCUAAGCCAACAAGAGUGUACUGUAUAAUGUAUAUUGCUCUCUCUGCUAACCUAUCAUGCUUGCCCAGCCUUGCCUCGCACAAACUUAUGACAAGUAAUUUGAGAUGCAAAGAAAAAGAAAAUUAAUGCAAGUGUUACAGAUUUUGACAAACUUUUGUGAUGUACUAUUUUUCCCCAAGCCUAAUUGUAUACCUUCCAGUCGUGGGAUGGAUAGCGUGAUUGUACAAAUAGCCAAGUGCUGACUGUAUGGAGUGAGAUUGCAGAUGUCUUGCCAUGAAUGUUGUAAGUUGUUGUAAGGAAUAUAGAAUAUGGUAUGUAGGCAUGGCAUACAACAUUCACCAUUUAUUGUGGCUUGCUGUGCUUGCAUAUUUUUCAGGGUGGAAAAGUAUUCAGAAACUUUGAAGUUGUCAAAUGGUAUUAAAAGUGUAUAUAUUGAAGCAAAUGAGCUUAAAUGUGUGAAAAUUAGCAGUGUUGUUUUUUUGGCAAAAUUUGAAAUGCUAUUAUGAAAGUUUUGGAAAAAGAGGACUCAAUUUCAUGAUGUUCUAUAUAACAUUGUGAUUGAUUUAUCUGGUUCAUUUUGCAUGCUGCUUUAUAGACUGUGAGAUAUGGCAUUGAAAUUUUAGCAACUUUCUUGCCCUUUUUUUUAUAUCCUAUGGACCCAGUUUCCAUGUUUUUCAUUGUUUAAGUUGCACUCUUUGUUUUUUCAUUAUAUCGGGACUAACAGGCCAGUAGCCUUCAAAGCAAAUGCUGCAAAAGACAUAUUUGAUUUUUUUUUACUUGUUGUAUUUAUUUAUUAUGAUGGUGAAUGCUGUGCCAUGCGUAUAUGUCCGCUAAGAAUUCUAGUCAAAUUCAAGAGACAAACUUGUCGCUAUGUGAUUCUCAAUGUAUAUUAAUAGACAAGUAGUAAUCAUCAUUAUUGUAAAUCUUCCAUCCUAUAUGUUGUAUCAAAAUGUAUGCUAAGAGAAGUUUUAAUGUGCAAUGUAACCAAGGCCACACAAAUUUUGUUUCUUAUUUCAAAAGUAAAGUAAGAUUUUCACCUGAAAUUAUUGGAAGUAACCAAAAAUUGAUAAUUGACACAUAAAUCCUUUUUUGAAGCCCCAGAGAAAAUUAUACUUGAAUACAAGUGGUUGGACUACAACAUUCUACAAGAAAGUUUUGUUAACCUGAGAAACUUAAUUUGUAUGGCCUUAAUGUAAGAUAAUGCUACAAUGUAGUGUUGUUGUACAGGGUGACACAGAAGUUCUUCCCUUCUUCAUAUAAGCCAUAUUAGUUAAAAUUUCAAAGUCUAUUUUAUAAACAUAUUUUUGGUUUGUGUCCAAGAAUAAAACAUUCUUCCUCUAAAUCAUAUUAGCCAAGUCAAUGCAAUUUGUUUAGGAAGGUUAUCAUUAGAACGUUGUUGAAUUGAAUGUACAGUCAUUACAAACAGUUUAAAGUUGUGAAAAGUUUCCACUGAGGAAAGAACACAGAUUACAAGUUUAUCUUCUGUGUCAUCCUGUGUAUUGUGCAAUUUUGGAAAUGCCUAAGACUAACAACUGAAAAAAACACUAGUUAUCAUUGUUUAAACUUACACCAGUUCUAUGAAAUGUUUUGCUUGAUAAUCUUGACAGCAACAGACUGAAAUGCAACUGCCUAGAAGCCUCAGAGGAACCAUGAGAUGUGGAUGGAGAUAGAAUGUAACGUGCGGAAAUUUCUUCAUAGCUCUAGAAUAAUCAUAUGCAGUACUACUGCGAAUUUGUUGAAAUGUAUAUGAAGAAAAGACAAGCAGCCGUAGCGCCGAAGGAACUAGUA